GAGCGUUGCACGUAAAAAACUACAUUUCCCAGAUUGACAGUUGACAGUCCGUGACGUCAGAUUCAAGCGCCGAUCACUACAAGUCUUUGAGGGGAUCCUUGUUAGCUACAUGUUAAAGGCAAAAUACUGAGUAGUCACCAUGGUGAUGAAGUCGGCUGUUGAGGAUGAUGAUGCUGGCUGGGGGCUGGGCAUCCCAGAAAAGAUGAAGAACAAUGCUAACUGGGUUGAUAUUACACAUGAAUUCAAAGGCGCAUGCAAAGAGUUGAACCUUGGAGAGUUGCUUCAUGACAAACUGUUUGGCCUGUUUGAGGCCAUGUCCGCCAUAGAGAUGAUGGAUCCUAAGAUGGACGCAGGAAUGAUUGGAAACCAGGUCAACAGAAAAGUGCUAAACUUUGAGCAAGCCAUUAAGGAAGGUGCCAUCAAGGUGAAAGACCUUAGUCUUCCUGAACUUAUCGGCAUCAUAGACACAUGUUUCUGCUGUUUGAUCACAUGGUUGGAGGGUCACUCCCUGGCGCAGACUGUGUUUACCUGCUUGUACGUCCAUAACCCUGAUCUGAUUGAGGAGCCAGCCCUCAAAGCCUUUGCCCUGGGUAUCCUGAAGGUGUGUGACAUCGCCCGAGAGAAGGUCAACAAAGCUGCUGUGUUUGAGGAGGAGGACUUCCAGGCCAUGACCUAUGGCUUCAAGAUGGCCAAUAACGUCACAGACCUGCGGGUGACAGGUAUGCUGAAAGAUGUGGAAGAUGAGUUGCAGAGGAAGGUUAAGAGCACACGCAGUCGGCAGGGUGAGCAGCGAAACCCGGAGGUCGAGCUGGAGCAUCAGCAGUGUUUGGCACUUUUCAACAGAAUCAAGUUCACACGCCUCCUACUGACAGCACUCAUCACUUUUACCAAGAAAGAGACUAGUUCGGUGGGUGAGGCCCAGAAGCUUGUGGCUCAGGCAGCUGACCUCCUAUCAGCCAUUCAUUCCAGUAUUCAGCACGGCAUUCAGUCACAGAAUGACACCACUAAAGGAGACCACCCCAUCAUGAUGGGCUUCGAGCCGCUGGUAAACCAGAGACUGCUGCCACCUACCUUUCCUCGCUACGCCAAGAUCAUUAAGAGGGAGGACAUGGUGGCCUAUUUUGGCAAACUCAUAGAACGCAUCAAGACAGUCUGUGACGUGAUCAACACCACCAACCUGCAUGGCAUACUGGACUUCUUCUGUGAGUUCAGCGAGCAGUCUCCCUGUGUGCUCUCCAGAUCUCUCCUUCAAACAACGUUCCUGAUUGAUAAUAAGAAAGUAUUUGGGACCCACCUGAUGCAGGAUAUGAUUAAAGAUGCUCUGAGAUACUUCGUCAGCCCGCCUGUCCUGUCAUAUAAGUGUUGUCUGUUCAACAACCACCAGGCCAAGGACUACAUUGACUCCUUUGUUACACGCUGCUCUAGGCCAUUCUGCAGUCUGAUCCAGAUUCACGGACACAACCGAGCUCGACAGAGAGACAAGCUGGGUCACAUUCUUGAAGAGUUUGCCACGCUGCAGGAUGAGGCAGAGAAGGUGGACGCAGCCUUGCAUAGCUUGCUGAUGAAACUUGAGCCUCAGCGACAGCAUCUAGCCUGUCUCGGCACCUGGAUCCUCUACCAUAACCUGAGGAUCAUGAUCCAGUAUCUGCUGAGUGGCUUUGAACUGGAGCUGUACAGCAUGCAUGAGUACUACUACAUCUACUGGUACUUGUCAGAGUUCCUCUAUGCAUGGCUGAUGUCCACUCUGAGCAGAGCCGACUCCUCUCAGAUGGCUGAGGAGCGGAUUCUGGAGGAGCAGCUAAAAGGACGAAGCAGCAAAAAGACCAAGAAGAAGAAAAAAGUUCGCCCUCUCAGCAAAGAAAUUACCAUGAGUCAAGCAUACCAGAACAUGUGUGCUGGCAUGUACAAGACGAUGGUAGCUUUGGAUAUGGACGGGAAGGUGCGUAAGCCUCAGUUUGAGUUAGACAGCGAGCAGGUUCGCUAUGAGCAUCGCUUCGCCCCCUUCAACAGCGUGGUCACCCCGCCACCUGUGCACUACAUCCAGUUCAAGGAGAUGUCUGAUCUGAAGAAGUACAAUCCCCCACCCGGCUCUGCUGACCUCUACCUGGCUGCCAGCAAACACUUCCAGCAGGCUAAACUCAUCCUAGAAAAUGUGCCUAGCCCGGACCCCGAGGUGAACCGUAUACUGAAGGUGGCCAAGCCAAACAUUGUAGUCAUGAAGCUCCUGGCUGGAGGGCACAAGAAGGAGACCAAGGUGCUCCCAGAAUUUGACUUCUCAGCUCACAAGUACUUUCCUGUGGUCAAGAUUAUCUGAUUCUGCUCCGCAGCGCGGGUCGAUACGAGUUUCACCAUGAAGACCAUCAGCCAUAAAGGCCGUACCUUCACCUUAACAAGUGUGCAAUGGCCCUGAACCAGUCCAUGUCUGAACAAUGUGUGUGACGCACCUAGCUGUAAAGGAGUGUUUGACACACCCCAUUUGUUUUGUGUUUUUGUCUUCACCUGAAUGAAAGAUGUGGCAUGAGAAUCCAGACCAGAGAACUCACAACUGAACCAGAAUGAGUGACAAUAUCUACAUCUGCAUUGUUUGAGGUGUGAGUGUGUGUGAGUGUGUGUGAGUGAGAGAGUCAGACACAAUUCAAGGUGCUUUUGCGCAAAAAACUGGCCAAUGAAAUGUUUUAUAAGCUGCCUCCAGAAAAGUCUUGUAUUGAUAAUCGGUGCAUAUCAUUCAAACAUAUGAAAGUUUUGAUGUAUUUAUGUGCUUAUCUGAAUGAAAAUGUUGGUCCUAAAAAAAAAAAC